AUGUCGCUGCUCAUCUAUACAGCCCAUACUGGAGGAACCCUACAAGCUGACCGCCAUUCCUUCACCUCCGUCGACGAGCUUCGAAAAUGGAUAGGCGAGACGAUAUCUAUGGCUCCGGCCUGCCAGAUCAUCAUGACGGCUCGAGGGACGAACGUGAAGAAUCAAUCGCUUCCCAAUGAGAAAGAGCUUUACCUCUUUGAUCGCAGGCUCCUCGACGCCUCUUCCUCACCCCCGACCGAACUUAUCCCCAGACUACAAACUCCAUCUCCCUUUCCAACCAACCUGGAAUCCGAAACUGAGUUGUCAUCGUGGAGAACGUUGUUUAGGAAACGCCUCGCAUGGUCCGAGUCUGUCCUCUCGCAUGCGCAGAACCUCGCAGCGACCAUCUCAAAAACCGACGCAUCGACAAACGUCGUUCAACUCAGUGUCCAGAUCGCAUUCUCAAACCUGGAAGUCCACUCGCUUGGAUUACAGAACUCACUAGUCAAAUUGCAGGAGUGGGCGGAGGGCGUGCUGGUUCAGCUGGACCGGGUGUUUCAGGAGUGGGAACCGGCCCUAAAACGCUUGGUCCGCAUUCCCGUCCAUGAUGAGGUGAAGAAGUAUGGACAGAAUGGAUCCGGCAAGGAGAGGAAGGUUUCUACCCUCAUGGACUUUUUCGAGGUCAAGCAGGUUCAGACCGCCGCUGUUGCGGCAAAAGGUUUGGCGCAGCAGUUUGAGAAAGAGGUCACUGAUCUUGGGGGUACUAUUGAGGAGAUUUGCGCUAGGACGGCGGAUCUUAAGAGUGAUAUUCAGAAGGCGAGGUGGGUUUGGUUGGUGGGUUGGCGUUGUCAGUCGUACUAUGAGUACGUUCAAAGUUUACAGGGCCCGAAAUCGGUUUCUACAGCUUCAAAGCGAGCAUACGCAUCCACCACGGAUUAUCUCCCUGGCCUGGCCAAUAUUGUUAAUGAUAUGGGCCGAUUAUUACAAAUAGCGGUUAAACAGAAGAACGAGAUUAGUGCAACAAGUGUAAGGCAGCUUCAGAUAGUCGCUUUUGUACAAUCACUCUCCGCUCCCGUAAAUCCUCAAAUCCAGAAGAUGGACUCGGCAUAUCAAGAAGAAGACGAGCACCCUCGAUUACUCUCUCUGGUCGUUCGGUUCCCCAAGAUCUACGGAGCUCUGCUCGUUGAAUGUGUGCGGCGAAGGGAAUGGUCGGAGAAGUUUGCCAAUGAUAGCAAGAGGAUAGCUGAGGAAUUUGCAUUAUUAAAAGAAGACGAGGAAAAGAGACGUGCUCGGAACAAAAUUCCGUCUCCUACUGGGGGGGUUACCGAGAAAUUUCAAGACAGGACCGUUGAAUCCUUCCUGUCGGUGGUACAGAAUAUUGAGGGCUUGGACAGUGUUUUGAAGGAGGUGAGGCAAUUGUAUCAGGAUCUUGACAGGCCCCUUGGGCGGCGGAGCAAACGGCUGAAGGGCUUCAAGUUUGGAAGUAUCCAUGAGGCAAGCUUGGGAGCCUCAUCGAUAUUUGGGCGAAGUGAGGAAGAGGAGGUCAAGAUACUUCGUGAGGAUAAGCAGAAUCUUACAGAGCGAGUAAAAGGCUACGAGUCUAGGAUAAGGAAACUCGAGGAUUUACUACAUAGGGGACGGACAAGUGGCGGGAACAUGUAUCAGGUCGCUGGCUCAUCAACUCCACAGCAACCUUCUACCCCUCAACCUAACCAGACCUCAUUCCCGACAUCGAUUGCUGGACCCUUACUUUCGUCGGAUCGGCCAAGUUCGCCUGCCGCUAUCCGGCGGAUAUCAGUGGAAAAUGCUGACAAGCCGAUGGUGGCACGUAUCUCUGCAUUGGAGGCAGAGCUUGCCGCGGAGAAGGAAUUGACCGCUCAGUUGCAGAGGGACGCUUCUUCUCGGAUAGAUUUGGAGAAAGCUAUGACCACUCGGAUGGCUCUCGCUGAUGAAACGAAGCGAGAUCUCGUUGCGAACUUGGAGGAUAUGGGCCAGCAGCAUAUCGUUGAGAGGAGGGUGAUGGAGCAGGAGAUCGAGGAAUUGCGACAGAAGCUCGAUGAGGCCUAUGAGGAGAUGGAUCGAAUAGAGGAGGGAAGGAAUGAAGAGGCGCGCAGGCGGUCUGUCGCCGAAGAGCGCAUGAAAGGGCUCGAAGGGGAGUUGGCCAUAAUGGGUGAAGAGGUUGACAGAUUAAGGAUGCUUAAUGAGGACCAGGUUAAAAGGGUUAAGGAAUUGGUAGACAAGGUCGAAUUUACCCGUAGUGCGUCCGAUCAUGACCUUGAAGGCCUCCGUGGGGAACUCAAAGCUCAAAAGAAGCUCGUGGAAGCAGAGGAGGAGAAGACACGGGAUGUGGAAGCUGCCUUGGACGAAUCACAGGGUAAGAAUCGAGAGUUGGUUGGGGCCAUCGAAACUUUUGAGGCCCAGAUCAAGCAAAUGAAGGAUUCUCUAGACACCCUCAACGCCCAGUAUACCGCUCAGCAGCAGGGACAGGAAUCAAUCGCAGCUGCCAUAAGGCAUGUACACAGUCAGCUUUCUACUGACCCGCCCCCGGAUAAUAUAGACACCGUACAGGCCACCGUGCAAGCAUUGAUCAGCAAGGCACUAGAGCGCAUUAAUGACCUUGACGCAAAGGUGAAAGAGGAGGAGGCGAGGGCAAGCGAAGUGGAAGCAAGGAAAGCACUUCUACAGUCUCGAUUCGACUCGCGAACAAUCAAGGCGAAAGAUCUCACUCAACGACUCUACACACAUAACGCACGAUCAAUCCAAUUGCUCGAGUCGUUGGGCUACCGCAUUGUUCGCGGCGAGGACUCGAUGCAGAUUGUCAAAGUUCCCAAGAGUGCUAAUACCGAAUCCAUUGUGCUUUCCCGGAGCGCUCAUAACAUGGAAGCAUCAGUUACCGGAAAACCGUCACCACUAUCGUUGGCACACUCACCCACGGUCGAAGACAUCAAUCUUCUCUACUGGAUGGAGACCGAAGAUUCUGACGCAGAGACGGAAAAGUACACACAGUACCUCAAGAAAAUUGGAGCUUUCGAUCUCGAUGCGUUUAGUGACAUUGUCACCAGCCGCGUUAAAAAGCUAGAGCAAGACUGCAGACAACUAGUAAAGCAAUGCCGCUCCUAUCGGGAAAAGUACUACCGAUCCCGCGACGAAGCAAAUGAGAAGAUUGCAUACAAGUCUUUUAAACCUGGCGACUUGGCCCUCUUCCUGCCAACCAGGAACUCAGUGACUCGCCCCUGGGCAGCUUUCAACGUGAACGCGCCACACUUCUUUCUGAAGGAGGACUCCUCUCACAAACUCGCGAAUAGGGACUGGCUGCUAGCCCGCAUCUCCAAGAUUGAGGACAGGGUGGUAGACCUCUCCCGCUCAACCGCAACUCUAACUCUCCCUCCUUCCGCCUCCUCUCCCUCCUCAUCCUCGACCGACAAACCCUUCUCCGCCGCAGCUCUCGACGACGAAAAUCCUUUUGAGCUCUCCGACGGCUUGAGGUGGUACCUACUGGAAGCGAUCGAAGAAAAACCGGGCGCGCCAACGACCCCCGGCCUCUCUACCAGCACCGUUGCUGCCGCAAAUGUAGAUGCCAAAGGAAGCUUGCGAGCACGCAAGGGCGUCACCGGCGCGAAGAAGACGCUGACGCAGAUCACCACAGAGCACAACAGUCGCCGGAGUUCUAGCGGGAGCAAUUCGCACCGGAACUCGCUGGUCGUGGGACCGGAGGUCGCUGCCGGUCUUAGAGACGCGGUGGUCAACGGUGGGGUUGCGGCGAGUGCAGUCGAAUCAGUUCCUGGGACUCCGAUUACCGGAGUUGGAGAGAAAGGGAUGGAAGCACUCCGGGGGAUUGCUGCUGCUGCUAGUGCUGCCGAUGGGAAUGGUGGGAAUGAUGCCCCGCUGGGCGGCACCAGAGGAUGACGGUGGAAUGUUUUCGGAGCGAGAGGGUAGGUGGGUAGCAUCAUAGACAGAUUGACUAGGUAAACAUUCUCGUGUGGGUGUGGUGUAGUAUGUAUGAUGGACUGAUUGGUGGAUUGGUUCUCGUCUGUCCGCCAAUAGCCAAAUUCUCGAUUGAUUGAUUAGUCGACCGGGAUUAUCAUGGUGUUUCUCGCAUGGCAUGCGAAAGUAUUGUACUGCGCUCUUCAAAUUCGGAGAUAUGGAUAGGAUAGGGUGGAUCGGUUUAUGUUUUUUUCUUCAAUUUUUCUGUCAUUUUUCUUUUCCUUUCUACUCUUUUCUGCCUACGGGACGGAAAUAUUGUAGGAAAAGCCGGUACCGUUUGGUUGUCAACCCUUUCUUUUCUUUUUCUUAUUUUCCUCACUUUCACUCCACUCUACUCCACUCCAGUCUCGGGCACAAGUACAUAAGUGGACUUGAGCAUGUAAGUACUCACGUAUUUCAAACAAUUUAGAGAGAUCAACUUUACCUUCACUCCCAUUGUACAAGAAUUAAUAAUUGGAUACUAAGACUAU